GCUUUCUACAGUCGGACCGAGACCAGAUCGGAUCGCUGCAAAGUGGCUGGAAGCGCUGCGCCGAUAAGAAAGCGCGACUACUGCGCUGCUCCACCCCAACACCAAAAGCGAAAAAAGAGAGAGAAAGCGCGUCGGUCCACCACCAAUCAUGUUCAUGCUCAAGAGCCUCUUUGGCAAGAUCUGGUCGGAUCAGAACAACGCUGAGCUGAUCCAGCUGCCAGCCGGCGCCCUAUACCUUGUUCGUCCGGGCAGCAUCAAGGGCGCGCGCGAGUGCAUAUACAAAGACGCCGUAGCGACGAUCCGGAGGACGACGACCGAGUUCAACUACCAGCUCGUCAUCACGCGCGCGUACGAGGAGGGCGAGGAGCAGCUCCUUGAGGAAGACGAUGAGUCCGACGACGAGCGGUCCUUCCUCAUUGACGCCUCGCUCAACUUGCGCACAUCGACGACGAGCGAGGGCGAGCCUGCGUUUGCAUGGCGCGAUCUCGACGGCGAUGUCGACGACUUGCUCGAGUUCGUCAUGGACGGCGCACAGGUCAACACAGUGACGAGGAGCAUCUUUGAGGUCACCUUCCUCCAGUGUGCCUAUGAGCGAAAGUUUGGGAGGAGCCAUGAGGAGGCGUCGGACGAGGACCUGGAGGCACUCAAGUACAAGGGCGCAGGGGCAGGGGCGGAGGCAGGGGCGGAGGAGGCGUCGGGGAAGCAGAGCCGCGAUGUGGCAGACGAGCUCGAGCAGCUGUCAGUCAAGGAGGAAAAGAAGACGCCCGGGAAGAAGAAGGCGCCGAAAGAGAAGCCUGCGGUGCCGGCCGCAUUUACAGACGAGGUGCCCGCGCCGCCGGGCGAGGAAAAGGCCCUCGCCGUCCUGGAGGCCACUGCCGAUCUGUACCUCUACGACCAGAGCACGGGCCUGUUCAUGACCCAGGACAAGGCCGUCGACGUGCGCGUCCUCGAGGCUGGCCGGUUCCUCUACUGGCUCGCCAUUACCUCGCCUACGCGCCAAUGGCUCUCCCAGCGCCUCGAGCCGUCGAUGAACACCAACUUUGCGGCAGACAACCUGUCGGUGGUGUGGAACUACUUUGACACCGAGCGACGCUGCUACUCCUGGCUCCUUCGCUUCAGCGACAAGGCGCACUACGAGGCUUACCAGACGGCUUUUGCCCGGCUCAUGUGGCAGACGCUCAACGAGGAGAAUUUUGAGAGGGCCAAUAAGGGUGCAGCCGACCAGCGCUACAUCAGCGAGGCUUACGAGGAGGAUGUGCCGAUGGAGGGCGUGGAGGAGGAGGACGAGGGCGACGAGAGCGAGACGGAACGCAUCAGGCGCGACGAUGACGAGCAGGAGGUCGCCGACGAACUCGAGGCGCACGACGCAGAGGAGGAAGAGGAAGAGGGCGACGUCGAUGCCCAGCUCGGCGAUGGACCCGAGCGCAUGCCCGUUGUGGCGGGCGAGACGGAGCGCAACUCGCAGCUCACCGUUGGCUACAAGUUUGACCGGUCCUUUGUCAUCCGCGGCAACCGCAUCGGCGUCUUCAAGCACACCGAAGACGACCAGCUCGAAUUUGCCACGACGAUCAACAGCGUCGCCACGCCAAAGGGCAAGCUCUUCAACCCGCGAAAGGCCAUGCUCCACGACCAGGACUCGGCCAUGGUCAUGAUGGACCCGUCCAACCAGCAUGCGCUGUACAAGAUGGACCUCGAGUAUGGCAAGAUUGUCGACGAGUGGAAGGUGCACGACGACGUUGAGGUGGCCAACGUUGUGCCCGACAGCAAGUACGCCCAGAUGACGCCGCAGCAGACGCUCAUCGGCCACAGCCACAACUCCGUCUACCGCAUUGACCCGCGUCUCGCUGGCCAGAAGCUCGUCGAUGCCCAGUUCAAGCAGUACACGGCCAAGAAUGACUUUAGCGCGGCAACGACCGAUGACCGGGGCCGGCUGGCCGUGGCGAGCAACAAGGGUGACAUUCGCCUGUUUGACCAGAUUGGCAAGAAUGCAAAGACGGCGCUCCCUGCGCUGGGCGACCCCAUCAUUGGCGUCGAUGUCACUGCCGACGGUCGCUACGUGGUGGCCACGUGCAAGACCUACCUCCUGCUCAUCGACACGCUCAUUGGCGACGGCCGCUACAAGGGCAGCCUCGGCUUCGACCGUGCCUUCCCAGCUGACUCGAAGCCGAUCCCUCGAAGACUGCAGCUCAAGCCACACCACGUCGCCUACAUGGACCAGGAGGUCAGCUUCACCCCGGCCCGCUUCGACACGCCCGCAGGCAGCGGCGAGACAUCCAUCGUCUCGGCCACGGGCUCCUACAUUGUCUCGUGGCCCCUCGAGCGCGUCAAGAAGGGCAGAACCGACGGCUACACGCUCCGCAAGCUCGCAGACACCGUCGUCGAGGACAACUUUGCCUUUGGCUCCUCCAACAACAUCAUCGUCGCCAUGCCUCAGGAUUUGCAAAUGCACCGCAAGCAGCAGCUCAAGAAGCCGACGAGGACCAGCCUCACCACAACGCCGCGGGAGUCGAGGUCCUCGAUCGUCGACGAGCGGUAUUGAUGCUGCAUAUACCACCAUCACCACUUUCCUUUUCUCUCG